CCACUUGCGCUACCAAUAAACUCACGGUUGCGUAUGCCGUGCGCUACAAUAUAACACGCGUUGAGGCGACAAAGUAACCCGUCACCGGGUCUGCGAGUGCAAUCUUUUAAGCAGCGCCCCAACGCGUUGGUAGGGUCUUAUAUGAAGAGUUUUACACGGAUAUCAAUAAAUACUCACGGCAACAAUAGCACUUUAUUUAUUAAUAAUCUACUACUGUAUGGUAGAUUUUAAAAUAUUUUGAAAUAUGUAAUACCACAAGGCAUUCCUUGCACUCCUUAGCCGACGUGCAGCGCACGUCAUUUUUAUUUCUGCGACAAAUGCCCAUCGACGUGGUAUACAUGUUGCUGGCGAUUUUAGAACAAAAGCAUCUCGACUAAUAUUCAAAAGGAGGGAUUUACAUAUUACAAAUCAAACGCGUUAUAUAUUUCCACUGUUUCUUUUUCCAAAAAGAAAAACGCAUUAAUAUAUCUUUAAGAUGCAAAACACGGAAAUGAAGAAGUAUCUUCAAAGUGAUGAAACAUUGAAUAAAAUAAAUAGCAUGUUCAUAUCGCUACAAAUUGAUGAGGUAAAGAAAGUUAACGAGCAGUUACUACCGAUAAUUGAAAUGCUAAUAAAUCAUAUGAAAUCAGAGGAUUCACUGUUUGAAAAAAUGUACAAAGAAAUUAUUUUCUGUGGUAGCUUCUAUAAAAAUACAAAAAUAGAGGCACCAAAUGAAUUUGAUCUUAAUAUUACUUUAAAGCUCCCUAUCAACUAUAAUUACAUAAAUUGUUCCUCAGAUCGGGCAGGCUUUGUAAAAAUAUCUAUAGAAGAUAAUGUGCAAGCAUGUGCUACAUAUACAUAUAAAAAUCUUACAAAUAAAGAAAUAAGACAACUUAACAAGUUAAUAUCUAAUAAUUUUGUGAAUCCAAAUACAUUUCGUUUUUGGAUUAAAGGAAUUAUAGACAGAGUUAUGAACAAGCUACAGAAUGUUGGAAAUAGAUACAGAUUACUAACAAAUAAUUUGUAUAAAGCAUACAUUAAAAAAAGUGAAAGUGGGCCUGCGAUCACAUUAAUAGUGAAUAUUCCAUAUAAAACUGAGGAUAUACAUGUUGAUUUAGCACCAUCCUUACCUUUUGAUAUAUAUGUCAUUCAAAGAUAUAUUCCAGAAUUUGAUAAACUUGAAACGUGUCGAUAUAAAAACUGGUUUGCAAUUCCAGUACCAGUACGUACUGAUUGUAAUAAUAGUGAUUCUAGUUUGGCAUCCCUUUAUUGGAGAACUGCUUUUAGUCUUCAAGAAAAUGAAGUCCUUGCAAAAUGUGGUCGUGUAAAACAAGUUAUACGUUUACUGAAGAAAUUAAGAAAUACACAAAACCUGAAGAGUAUAGCAAGCUAUUACAUAGAAACUACAUGUUUAAACAAACUGACAGAAAUAGAUAUAAACAUCAAUAGAAUAUCUGUGACAUAUUUGUUUUUUGAAAUGCUUAAAGAAUUACAACGUGUUUGUGAACAACGGAAGCUAGACUAUUAUUGGAAUAAGGAGUACAAUUUAUUAUCUAGAAUUGGCGAGAUGGAAAUGUAUAACAUAGCUCAACGUUUAAAAAACAUCAUUAAAGAUAUUGAAAAGAAUGCAACGGAUAAAUAUAUAUUGGCCAAAUAUAUUCGUAAGUUAUGUUGUUUAAAAUGUGUUACAUUAUAUUAAAAUAGGUAUUUAUUUUAUGCGACUUCCUAGUGUAAAACUUGAUACAAAUAAGUGGAUUUUGUCCCACAUGAAUAUGUAAAACAUUUUCUUUGCAAAUUCUUUGCUAAAACAUUUAUAAACAUAGCGUUUAGAGAAAUAGGUAAUGAUUAUUCAUAAUGAUAACAUCCUGCUAGUCUGUAUCAAAUCUAAAGCUAUUAUUUUUUACAUUAUAGUAAACUCGGAGGAAUUGAUGUCACUAAAGGAUAACAUAGAUAAACAUGGUAUAUAUUAGUUAUCAUAAUAAAACAAUAAUUACAAUAAUUACGCACUGUACUAAUUACGUCAUUAUAUAUGUAUUAUAGACAACAUAAUUCCACAAGAUGAGAGAAACAAUAAUACAGACCAAACAGAUAGCAGCGGUUGUGUAAUCCUCUAAUUUUAUUGCCUAAAUUUGUUGUAAUAAUAUAUAUAUAUAUAUAUUCCGGAAUUACCUAAGUUAAAGUAUAGUUGUUAUAAUAUUAUAUAAUAUUAUAUAUAUAUUAUAUUAAUAUUAUAUAAUAUAUAUAAUAAUAUAUAAUAUUAUAUAAUAUAAUAUAUAUAAUAUAUAUUUUAUAUAUAUAUAUGUUAUAAUAAAAUUAUAACAACUAUACUUUAACUUAGCUAAUUCCGGAUUGAUCAAGAGUAAAUAAUUGACAGUGGUUUAAAUUACAUUCGCAAAUGAGACAAAAAUGUAGAGUAAAAUUUUUUCAUAAGAUGCUUCAUUUUCGAAAAAAGCAAAUUUGAAAAUGUAUCCUGCGCAUUUAUCAAACCAGUUCGUAAUUAAACAUGUUUACACUUUGUUUUCUUAAAAAUGAAGUCUUAAAUGAAAGAAGUUUAUUUUACAUUUUUGACUUAUUUUCGCAUGUAUAAUAACCUUUCAUUGAUUGUUUGCUCAUACCUAGUGAGUACUUAGCCAAGUUAAAGUAUACUUCACAAAUUUUCAAUUUCGAUUUUCUCAGAGACAAAGUGUCAUAUGAAAAAAUUUUAUCUUAUCUAA